AUGGCGACGGAGACGGGCCCCGCCGCAGCCGCCGCGCCGCGCCUCCUCCUGGGCCCGCCCCUUGUCCGCGCCGCGCGGCCCUCGCCCGCAGACGACGCCCCGGAGUCGCACCCGUUCCUGGACCUCCUCGACGCGGCCUUCAACGCGCCGUCCGCGGCCGAGGCCAAGGCGGCGCUGGUCCCGCGGCGGGCGCGCACGGAGAACUGCAACGCCACGUACGCCAACUCGGGCGACCCCUGCGUCGACUUCUUCUUCCACGUUGUCCCGUCCACGCCCGCGGAGCGCGUGCGCGAGCUCCUCGCCGCCGCCUGGGCCCGCGACCCGCUCACGGCGCUCAAGCUCGCCUGCAACCUCCGCGGCGUGCGCGGCACCGGCAAGUCGGACAGGGAGGGCUUCUACGCCGCCGCGCUCUGGAUGCACGACCACCACCCGCGCACGCUCGCCUGCAACGUCGCCGCGCUCGCCGAGUUCGGCUACCUCAAGGACUUCCCCGAGCUGCUCUUCCGCCUCGUCCGCGGCCAGGACGUGCGCAAGGUCGCCAAGGAGGGCGCCGCCGCCGACAAGGCGCGCAGGGAGGGCAAGCAGCUCGCCGAGCAGCGGGUCGGCCUCCGCGCCAGGCUCGUCGGCCGCAAGCGCGCCCGCGAGGCCGCUACCAGGUCCGUCACGGAGGUGCCGGCCGUGGCGGAGCAGAAGCCGGAGGCCAUGGAGGUCGAUCAGAAGGCCGCCAAGCGGGGCGUGCCGAAGAAGGUCCGCACCAUGGCCAAGCUCGCCGUGCAGUCGCUCGAGACCUACUACGGGGACCGCGCGUACCGCUUCCUGUUCGACGCCGUGGCCGACUUCUUCGCCGCCCUGCUCGCCUCCGACAUGAAGCAGAUGGCCCUCGGCGGCAAGAAGAGGAAGAUCGGGCUCGCCGCCAAGUGGUGCCCCACGCCGGGCUCGUCCUUCGACCGCGCCACGCUGCUCUGCGAGGCCAUCGCCUGCCGCCUCUUCCCGCGCGACUCCGACCCCGAGUACGCCGAGCUCUCCGACGAGCACUACAGCUACCGCGUCCUCCGCCGCCUCCGCCGCGACGUCCUGGUGCCCAUCCGCAAGGCCCUGGAGCUCCCGGAGGUCUACAUGUGCGCGCAGCGGUGGGACGAGCUGCCCUACGCCCGCGUGGCCUCGGUGGCCAUGCGGCGCUACAAGGCCCUGUUCCAGAAGCACGACGAGGAGCGCUUCGCCAAGUACCUCGAGGACGUGGAGGCCGGCAAGGCCAAGAUCGCGGCGGGCGCGGUGCUGCCGCACGAGAUCGCCGCCGCGGCCUACCGCGGCGAGGAGGACGAGGUGGCGGAGCUGCAGUGGCGCCGCAUGGUGGACGACCUCCGCGCCAAGGGCUCCCUCCGCAACUGCAUCUCCAUCUGUGACGUGUCCGGGAGCAUGGAGGGCACCCCCAUGGAGGUGGCCAUCGCGCUGGGCGUGCUCACCUCGGAGCUCAGCGAGGAGCCGUGGGCGGGCAAGGUGAUCACCUUCCACACCAGGCCGUCCAUCCACGUGAUCAAGGGCGAGACGCUGCGCGAGAAGAUGCGGUUCGUGGCCAAGCUCGAGUGGCACGGGAGCACCAACUUCCAGGGCGUGUUCGACCGCAUCCUCGCCACGGCCAGGGAGGCCCAGCUGCCGCCGGAGAAGAUGAUCCGCACCGUCUUCGUGUACAGCGACAUGGAGUUCGGCGAGGCGUGCGGGCGGGGCGUCUACAACGGCAUGCCCUACGGCGAGGGGUCGUGGGACACGGACUACGCCGCCAUCUGCCGCAAGUUCAGGGACGCCGGCUACGGCGACUCGGUGCCCCAGGUGGUGUUCUGGAACCUGCGCGACUCCAAGUCGACGCCCGUCACGUCCACCCAGCCCGGCGCCGCCAUGGUGAGCGGCUUCUCCAAGAACGUGCUCAAGAUCUUCCUGCAGAACGACGGCGUGGUGAACCCCGAGGCCAUCAUGAGCCAGGCCAUCGCCGGCGACGAGUACCAGAAGCUUCAAAUCUACGAUUGAUCAGUUUGUUGUUAGAUCGAUCCCUUGCUUAGUUCGUUCGUGUUCGUGUCGAUUCUCUAGUAGAGGAGCUCGUUAUUGGUUAGUUGGCUUCUUUUCUGAAUUGCGAACUGCUUCUCUGAACUCGGUGGUGAAUGCAAUGCAGUGAUUCAGAUUUCGUAGGAUUUGAUUUCCAUUUCAAUUUCGAUUCGAUUCUAUAUACAGCCUGACGUUAAAUUGCUGUUUGAAACCCUGAAAGCCUCUUGUCUGAAUUC